AUGGCAGAGAUAGUGAGGAUGCCUAAGAAUCACCACACCAAAGAUGUCCUCACUGAGACCUGCCGCCGCGACAUCGAGCUUCAACAGCAAUUGGACGUUGCCCGGCCCCGAUUUCGGCAUCCAAGGCGCUGCACCGCAGUUGGAGAGUGCAUAUACAAAUUGCAGACCUUGGCUCCAAGUCCACAAUACAGCUCCACCAACCGGACAGCAUUUCACGUUAUAUGUUUCCCCCCAAACAGUGAUGCUGCCUGGGGCGGCGUACGUAUAACUAUCGCGGAUUCGGCGAACCAUUCGGAUAACAGACCCACCAUCAUCCCCACCAUUAUCAUGUUCACUCGAUUUUCGGCGGCGGCAAGUCGCUCAGGACGCUCUACCCUAUUCAUCCGUGCAUUGUAUCUAGCGCUGGCACACGACGCCUUCCUCCGCGCUUCAGCACAGCCCUUCGGGGCACCCAACCGGAGCAGCAUCGACAGGCCUUUCAGACUCGCCGUCGGAGCAAUAAUAGGAAUUGUCGUCGGCAUCGUUGUAUUCUGGGCCCUCGUUGGCUUCCUCAUCUUCGUCAUCAUUCGUCGGCGACGGGCUCGUAGAAACGUCCCGUUGAUGGCUUUCCCGGGCGGCGGGACAGGUUUCAAUUCGGGCCCGUCAAUGGCGCACACGAACCAUAUGCAUGGCAUGCACCACUCGACGGCCCCUCCUCCACCUCCAGACGGGAACGUAACCGGUGCCAACUUCUCCAGUGGCCCGGCAUACCAGCCCACCAACUACUAA